UUCUCGUAAAAUGUAACGUUCUGGCCAAUGUUCCGGAAAUGCGGGGUUAUGAUGCAUUUAUCGCAGUUCAAAAUUUAUAUGACACAGCGUAAACAUGUUGUUGAUUUGCACGAAAUUUGACGUCUCGUCACGUCUGUUUAGUUCUCAUUCAUUACAUUAUGAUUCAGUAUCAUACACUCAAUGCUAAUACUAAUUAAUGAAAUAAGCGAUGGUUGUGUCUUUGCAUGGUCAUGUUAGAACUAAAAGUUUGGCACAACAAAUUUUAUCGUUGAUCGGCAUCGCGGUUCCCUUCAUUUGUUACUGACACUGUGAGUGUGACUGUCGCUGAACUGUGAGUGCUGACUGAGUGACUCAGUGACUGUGUAUCGUCAUCCAACACUACAGUGUACACUCCUAGUCCAAGACUAUCCCACUGGCACUGUCCCACUAUGGACCCCAAAUGUUAAAUCACGAUGGCUGCAGCACGUUCUACAUUACAAAAGCUGGAACAUUUAUCUAGAUGUCUAGCGUCAGUUACACAGCUUCUGACGCUCACAAGUCUCCCAACUGAAGUGCAUUCAGCAUUGGAGAUAGAGGGUUAUCUUGAUUCUGCAGUAAAAUCCCUGGAGCAAAUUCAAGCUAAAAUUUCAACUGAUGGCAAUGAUGUUUCUAAUUUGAAUGGAACUCUGGAUAAUGUGGAAGAAGUGGCUUCACUUGAUAGAAGCACUGCAGAAGAUUCCGAUGAGCAAGCUGGGUCACUAAAUGAGUCUUCAUUUACACAUGAAGAUUACACAGCAGCAGCCGAACUGAUGGAGGGGUUGGACACCGCAGAGUUUGAUAGCGACUUUGAUGAAAGAGAAACAGCUGAUAUUGGUGACCUAGCAGUAGAGGCAAUCCUGGUAGAUGACUAUGAUGGACUCCCACCAGCACAGGAGUACAUUGACGUGCUUCGACAAUAUUUUGGGCACAAUCGGUUCCGACCGCUGCAGUGGAAAAUCAUUAACACUAUAAUAAACGAGAAAAAAGAUCAAUGCUGUGUAAUGGCUACAGGCUACGGCAAGAGUCUCUGUUACCAGUUUGCAUCAGUCUACACCGGAAGAACGACUGUUGUUAUCUCCCCACUGAUAUCACUGAUGGAAGAUCAGGUGAUGGCACUCAGUGUGGUAAACAUCGAGGCAUGUUUCCUGGGCUCGGCACAGCGCCAGAUGGGUGUGGUCAGGCAGAAACUGCUGGCAGGGGGUUACCGGGUAAUCUACCUGACGCCAGAGUUUGCUAGAAGUGCAUCUGACUUGCUGGUGCAGCUCGAAAAAAGUGUUGGAAUAGAUCUCGUGGCCAUAGAUGAAGCUCACUGUGUAUCACAAUGGGGGCAUGAUUUCCGUGCUGCAUACCGACAGCUUGGUUCUCUACGCAAACUCCUGCCUAAGGUGCCAUUCCUUGCUGUCACAGCAACGGCCACACCGGAGGUCAGGCGUGACAUCUGCAAGUCUCUCCAUAUGAAGGAUGCUGUGCAAUGGACCACCAGUUUUGACAGGCCUAACCUAUUUCUAUCAUCAACGAUGAAAAGUGGCAACAUUGGCAAAGACCUGCAGAGCCAGAUGGCUCGAGGAGCGAACCAAUUUGAUGGACCAACAAUCAUUUAUUGCCCAACAAAAAAAGCAACUGAAGAUGUUGCUAAAGUCCUGGAAUUGUUGGAUGUCAGCUGUGCCAUCUACCAUGCUGGUCUGUCAAUAGAGAGGAGAACUAAUGCUCAUCGUCAGUUCAUCGAGGAUAAGAUUCAGGUGAUAGUUGCGACAGUGGCAUUUGGCAUGGGCAUAGACAAGCCUGAUGUACGACGCAUCAUCCACUAUGGAGCACCUAAAGACACAGAGUCCUAUUACCAGGAGAUCGGGCGUGCUGGUAGAGAUGGUGCCCCCAGUGUUUGCCAUGCAUUCUACUCCCCAGCAGACUUCUCUGUUAACAGAUUCCUACUCAAAGAUAUCAAGUCCGAGCAAUUUCGACAGCAUAAAAUGGACAUGCUGUCCAAAAUGGAGCAGUACCUUUCGACCACCAGGUGUCGUCGGCGUGCCAUCUUAGAGUACCUAGAGGACAAGGAAGUCAAUGACGUAGGCGGUACUGACAAUUGCUGUGAUAAUUGCGCUCGCAGGUUAAAAUUAGCCAAGCAGGGCUCGAGGAGCGGAUUAGAUCAACUAGACAAGAUGGGGGAGACCAUUGACUACAGCAAGGAAGCCAAAGAUCUCCUCACUGCUGUCGCCAGUCUAGAUGGGAACUUUGGCAUCAACAUGAGCAUCCUAUUUCUCCGUGGCUCGAUGAAUCAGAAGAUGCCACGCUAUCUGACCAGCCACGAGAACUUUGGCUGCGGCAAAUAUCGAGCGGAGAAGUGGUGGAAGGCGUUCGGUCGCGUCAUGCUCUCUGAGAAGUACCUCAAAGAUCAGCCGAUUCCACGCAGCUUUGGCUCCACAGUAGACCUAUCUGCAAAAGGAAGGAAUUGGCUGAAUUCUAGCAGGAGCGGUAAAAAUCCGGAACUGAAAUUGGUGCCAAAUCAAGAAAUGCUACUUAUGCAAAAGGAGAAAACUGAGAUUAGUUAUGCACCAAGGAUAUUGCCCUCUGUGCCAGUGGAAUCCUGGCAAUCGACACAAGAUUUGGGAUCUAAUCAGUUUCGUAAGCCAGAGCCACUGGAUCCUCAGACAGUUCAACUACAGGGAGAGUUGUACACAAAAUUACUGGCGCUAAGGAAUGAGAUAGCAGAUGAAAUUGGUGCUGCCCCCUAUAUGAUUGCGAGCAACAAGUGUCUCCUUGAAAUGACAACAAUCAGACCCAGAACAGUGGAGGGCUUGUACAAAAUAGAAGGUUUGCCAGAGGCAAGAAUCACUAAAUUUGGCCAUCGCAUGGUGGAGCUAAUUGUCAAUUUUAGUGAAAAGAAUGACAUGGGCACUGACAACUUUCCAGAGGAGUCAGUGGUGAAGAAUAGCAAGUUGCAGUAUAGCUUGAUGCAGUUGUCAGAGACAGCAAGAACAUCAUAUGGCUUGUUUGAACAGCAGAUGACGAGCUUAGAAGUGGUAGCCACUACACGAGGCCUUAAAACUUCAACAGUUAUUGGCCACUUGGCUGAUGCCAUCAAGUAUGGCUUGCCUGUUGACACUGAACGCAUAGGAAUGACCAAGGACAUACAGCAGAUUAUCAUCAGUGCUAUCAGGGCACCGCCCAUCAACUCUGACAUCAGUCGUCUGACUCCGAUCAAGAAUGUGCUGCCUGACUAUAUCGAGUACGGCCACAUCCGCAUCGUCAUAGCGAUCCUGCAGCGACAGUUUGACAUGACUGAUGCGGGCACCAUUGAGGAGCAGCCGCUCACAGCACUGCCAUCUGUGGCCCCAUCGCAGUUACCUCAGACGCACGCUAAUGUCAGGGGAUCACAUGCAGAUGACAAGAAAUCUGGCUUCGCAUCACAUUCCCAGACCACUCUACACAGCUCCAUGCCAGUCUUAAAGUCAAAAUCUUCUUGGGAAUCCCCUUCACAUAGCCAACCCACAAAGAGAAAGCUUCCUGGAUGGUUGAACUCUGGUGGAGGGAAGGUAGCUGCAAAAAAAGUGAAAUCGAAUAGCUUAUUUAAACGAUAAUUGGUACAGAUAGAGCUUGUUAAUAAGGAAAAAAAUCUUUGGUUGUAAAUGAUGUAUAAGCAGAAAUAUUAUAAGAAAAAAAAAUUGUAUUUAAAUAAAUAAAUACUCGUGUUUAUAGGUCAAGUUAUUGUAAAUAUGUGGAGAAAGUUACUCCUGACUAAUUUUUCCCCAUAUCUUGAUCUAAAUGCAGACAUCAGUUACCUAUAGUAAAUCCUGUAACCAUUGUUUUAUGUAUUGGUCUUUGUACUAGGUGAAUAAUGACAUGCUAUAGGAAUAAGAGCAAGCUUUAUUGACAUUUUCUGUGAUUAUUUAGCCUAUAGAUAAAAAUUUCUAAUAAAACUUUUGCUACAAUAGUAAAC